AUGCCUGACUUCUCCCAGGCAAAUUCCCACUUCCCUAACCUCUCCCAGGCAAAUCCCCACUUCCCUAACCUCUCCCAGGCAAAUUCCCACUUCCCUAACCUCUCCCAGGCAAAUCCCCACUUCCCUAACCUCUCCCAGGCCAAAUCCCCAACUUGCCCUAAACCUCAUCCCAUGGCAAAUUCCCACUUCCCUAACCUCUUCCAGGCAAAUUCCCACUUCCCUAGAAUCUCCCAUGCAAAUUCCCACCUGCCUAAUUUCUUCCAGGCAAAUCCCCACUUCCCUAACCUCUCCCAGGCAAAUUCCCACUUCCCUAACCUCUCCCAGCCUUCGCCAUUUUAUGCCCUACCUUUCUUAUCUCAUUCUCAUGUAUUCUUGAUCUCAUUCUUUAAAUUUACCUUCUCCUCAUUCCAACCAUCCCUCCUCCAAUCUCCUCCACCUGUAUCCUCUCCAACAUCCAUUCCUUAUCCAACACCUUCUCCCUCGCCCAAGAGAAACCAUACAGAGCUAAUCUCGUAUCGAGGUCCCCGCUCCCUCUCUUCAAUGCCCUCUUCCCCCUUUCUGGAGUCCCAUGGUACCCACUACCCGCCCCCUACAACCACCACCACCCCAGGAUCCACUCCAUCACUCAUCGCGUGGCAUUAG